GGGCAGUGGCAGUGCUGGGACCAUGUCAUACAGAAACAACCAGUAAUAUCCCUGGCUCACCCCCUCACCUCCCUGUAUUGGGUGUGCCACCCCACAAGAUGAUCUCACGGCAGAAAUUACGGCCAGGGUCAGGAUGUUUAUCGGUCAAGGUCGUUAUGGAUGGACCAAUCAGAGUUUUAGAAAUAGCUGACAGACAAUCUACUGAAAUUGUCCACUGUGAAUUGAAGGAUAUGAGUGAUUGGGAGGUUUACGACGUCUCAGAAAGAGUUCAAGGAUCAACUGAGGAAAUUAUUGGACCAAAACAAUUAGAAGUGACAAUGUCAUUAAAAGGUGGAUUAGGUAUAUCUGUUAUAAAUCAUCUACCAGAAGAAUUGUUAUAUAUUAAACUGAGUAAUAUCAGUUUGGAGGUUGUUAAAUCAUCAGCUUUACUAACAGUAGAAACUAGUGUAGCUUCUGUACAGGUUGAUAAUCAGAUGAUAGGAGCAAGUCGUCCAGUGGUGUUAUUUGUUACUCAGACAAACCAGCGUGAAACAGUUGAUAAUACUCCAGCUUUAUUUAUAACAGCUCAUAAACUACCUAGUGGCAAGUGGAACGCUGAAAUAUACAAGCAUGUAAUUGUAACAACUAAAAGAUUAACAAUAUUACUAGAAGAGAGGUUGAUAUUAAAGUUAUUGUUGUUAUUGGGAUAUGAAACAAACGGAUCAGAUAUGGUCCAACUAGAUGAUAAUAACCAUCAAGUGUUACCAACAUCCUCUACCAUCCAGGCUACAAGAUAUUAUUUUAGUUCAUUAAAGAUUAAAACUGGUCGAGUAACGUUAAGUAUGGCCACGUCUAGCAAUCUAUCUCCUGAUCUUCAGCUAGUUAAACACAGUCUGGCUGUUCCUCUCAUAGCCUUCGAAGAUGCCAAAGUGGAUUUAGGAGCAGGAAAGGGAAUUGUUGGAACAGUUACUAAACCUGUCACAGGUGUUUUAGAUUUUACAUCUGGGGUGGCAAACGCUGUCCGUGAUAAAAGUCAGGUAUCUUCCAAACAACAUCCACCUCGUAGUCGAGAUCCUCGUGUCAGUCCUGGUAUACAUGGAGUUAUCUCCACCUACAGUCCCUCGCUAGCUCGAGCUCAACUACAUCUUUAUAAUCUCAACAACAAUAAUCAUAAUGAAUAG